AACAAGUUUUCAGUAAAAAGCCCAGAAUAAUUUUUUUUAGCAAAUUAAUGUCUGAUUUUUUUUUUCUCUUGACUGCAUUGAUUAGACUCAGCUCGAAUGCAUUCAUUAAACUCAGUAAGUCAUGUCGAAAAUUUGUUAAUUUCAUGAAAUUAUUUUAUUUAUUUAUUUAUUUGUAAAGACAACCCCGACAGCGGUUUCAGUACUAUAAUACCCAGCAUUCCCUGCUUCUGCCUGAUGACCGGAAAAGGAAAGCAUGCGGAUUAUUUACAAAAUCUGAACGCCAAUGCAGGAGCAUUGUUUUUGUACUAAGAAAAUGAUUAGUAAUAUCUGUUUAUAAUUGUUCCACUCAUUCAUUUGACUCAUUCAUUUGACUCAUUCAUUUGACUCGAAGGCUUGUUGAUAAGUGACAGAUUAAAUGAAGAAAGAAUUGCUGAGCGACAGAUGGAUGUUGCACCGCAACAGAUGGGCUCUUCAUUUGAUCUGAUCUGCGGAUUAAAAAAAAAAUCAGGGCGCUCGAGGAAAUAAAGAAGGGGAAAAAAUCAGGUCAGUUCGGGGAGAGACUCGGCAUCAUGGUGGACAACCGCUCCGCCACGGCGCUGGUGAUCGCAUGCGUGCUGAGCGCCCUGGCCACGGUUUACCUGUCUGUAGCGGUGGGCACGCGCCACUGGUACCAGUACACGAGCCCGCAGGUACGUCACGAGCACAACGCGACCGAGCUGCGCGCGCUGCACCAGGAGCUCAGCGAUGGAGAGUUCGACGAGAAGACCGCGAGCGACGCGAUGUUCCGCCUCAACGGCACCCUCGGCCUGUGGUGGAGGUGCGUGCGCGUGCCCGCCGACCGCAACCGCUGGUACCGAGAGCCAGGUGGGGAUCCUGAGAUGGACACUGAGUGUGUGAGCUUCACGCUGUCUCAGCAGUUCACCCCCAAAUACACAGAGCCAGGCAACCACAACAGCGGAGAGGACAUAAUACGCACCUAUAUGUGGAGGUGUCAGUUUCUCCUGCCCCUGCUCUCUCUGGGUUUGGUGUUAGUGGGAGGGCUGGUGGGAUUCUGUGCGUGUUUGUGUCGUAGUUUCAGUCCCACACUGGGCAUUGGACUCCUCCACCUCCUUGCAGGUGUGUGUUCUCUGGGCUGUGUGUGUUGUUUUCUAGCGGGUAUGGACCUGCUACACCGUGUCUCUGUUAUCCCAGACCAGGUGGAUGGCUCUCUUGGUUGGUCCCUCUAUCUCGCGCUCAUCUCCUCUCCGUUGUACAUGAUGGCUGCCGCUCUACUGGUGUGGGCCGCUCGCAGCCACAGCAAGAACUACUACCGUUUCACUGCCUACCGAGUGGCCUAGAGCAUGCAUUUCAUAUGAUUACCAGCAGUUUGUGGAAGGUCUGUGCCAGAUGGGACACUCUUGCCUGCAGGUGUUUACAGAUGUGCAGGCAGAUCCAGUCGCUGUCGGAGUGAGCGAUGAGGCAGAGGCCCACGUUGGCAGUGCUGCUGUGAAGAUCACAGAGCAGAUCCAC